GUAUUUCGUCUUAUGCAGGGAUGAAGCUGUAUGGUUGGUGGGCAACACCUUAAAGCUGGAACUCCAGGAUGGUGACACUGGUGAUGAGACUGUCUUGCUUGAAGGGUCAGGGGUAGUGGGGGAUGGGGCCAUGACGGGAGGAGAGACAUUGCUGCUGCUGAAUAAUGAUGUCCAUCUGUUUCCCAUCACCCAGGAUGCACCCACGUCAGAUGAUGCUCUGUUCAAAGUCAGUGGAAUCAAACAUACAAGAGGAAAAACUUCUUGGCCCAAAAAGUAUCCGACUCAGAUACCAAACAGAUCGAGUCCUUACCUUGAAGAGUGCCAAGAUCUGAGCAAGCUUAACAUGCUAAUACAGACCACACCUAAUACCUAUUCUUGUGCCAAUAUGCUGAACACAUCAACCUCACCAUCCAUUGCCAUAUCCACUUCUUCCUCCUUACCAUUAACUUUAGAAGCUAGACCUUUGCCCUCUGUUGAUGAAUCGAACACUGUUUUCAACAAUUCUUCUAAAUGUGUGAGUAAUUUAUGUUUACCUAGCAAAGUGAAAGAUACAGAAAAUGAGCAAAGUGUUUCUUCAUUACCAACACACCAAGAAAACAUGUUGCGGCCAUCGGGAAUAAAAUUUAAAUUAGCCACUUGUUCCAAAUCUUCACUUGAUGAAGAUGAGCUAAGUGAGGAACCAUUUUUAGGCCCCUCUAUACGAUGGCCAACUCAACCUAAGAGUUACCGUGGACCCAAGCCAAGAGAUGGUGGAAUACUCCGGAGAAAUGUGAGAAAGGUACCCCUGAGAGUUGACACUGAUGGAGAGACAAGUGGCAUGGGUUCAUCAGUGGAUGAGCCAAUUGAGUCAUCUACAGAGUCUGCUUCAGAAGCUCCUGUUUUAACUCCACCCUUCAUACAGCCUCGACCAUCUGCCUCGAGAGGACCCUCUACAUCUCCAACUGCCGUUAAGAAACGUAGAGGAGGAUGGCCGAAAGGACGUAAGCGGAAGCCAGAGCUUCCAGGUGCCAAGCCACCAAAAGCACCAUUGACGGCAUAUGUGCUUUUCUUGAACGAGAGGCGAAAGUACUACAAAGAGACACGCCCUGAAUUAAGCUUUGGGGCGGUGACUAAAUUACUGGGAGCAGAGUGGUCAGCAAUGACUGCGGAACAGAAGGCAGCUUUUGUCACACGCUCGGAGCAGGAUAAGAGGCGCUACAGGAAUGAGUUACAAGCAUAUAGACAGUCCCAUGAUUAUCAGCUACUUUUGAGGAAGAAAAGAAUUAAAAAUGUCAUUAGAAGAGGUGGUACAACAACUGAAGAAUCAUCAGACUUUACAGAUGAGAUUGAUGAUGAUGACAGUGAGGAACUCUAUUGUCGCAUCUGUGACCAGCUGUUUACUUCACUUCACAACAAGAGAGAACAUCUGUAUGGCAAACAGCAUCUUCAGGCUAUUACAGGAGAAUAUCAACGUGAAAGAUUGGCAGAAGAGGAGCGACAGAUGGCUGCAGGUGUAGUGUCAGGGAGGAGCGGAGACUGUCUUAACUGUGGUUCUUAUGUUAACUCUCAGAUGCAGUGCUCUCGUGCAG